AUGAAUUUACUUUGGGCUCCCUGUGGCGUUUUCCACCAUUUUUCCUUUGUCUCCGCUGUCCCUAUGUACAGUUGUCUCAUAUCCAGCAUGGCGUCUUCAUAUUCAAACACCUCACCUUGGAAACCAUUUCUUUUCCUUCUUUCUCUUCUCCUUUCAGUUUCAGAUGCAACAGACUCUCUCCCUUUCAUCAAUGCUACAUCAGUAGAUGUGGGCUUCCUGUGGGAGCAUCCUAGACAAGAGAACCAUCACUCAACUCGUGUUAUAAUAGCUGAUAAUCACCUUAAAAGUGUCUUAAGCCUUAUCUGCUUUAUUUCGCCACCUCUACCCCACACACCUGAGUACGAAGACAAAAAGAAUGAACUAGUUAGAUGGGAAAAGAUUACGACAAGGGGUGCAGAGGCUGUCAAUAAUGUUCGGUAUUGGGCAAGUGAUAGGACAACAGUUGCUAUUAAGUACGACAAUAUUACCUCAGAUGUAAUUGGCAGCUAUACAUGCUCUUAUGGACAGUUAUCAAAAUUAAUUAAUGUUAAUGUUGCCAACGUUGACAUAGUAAAGGCAUUGAAGAUGCCAACAAUGUAUGAAGAAGUCAAGAAUUAUGCAACCCACAUGGAAGAUACAACAGGGAUUGCAGGCUGGAAUAACGACAAGUCUCUUUCCCAGAGUAAAGGGUCAAGUCUCUCAUGUAAACAUGCAGCUGUGAUUAAAUCCAAGGAUUCUCCUGCAACAAUCCAUACUGUUCGGCCUGCGGACAUCACAGUUAUUGCUGCAGUAGGCGAUGGUUUCACAACUGGGCUUGGUGCUAGAGCUACUUCAUGGAACGGAUUUUUCACUGAAUACAGAGAAACAUCAUGGAGUAUUGGAGGAGAAGGACAUCUUAACCAAACUACAACUUUGCCAAAUAUUUUCAGAGAAUUUAAUCCUGGAUUGAAAGGCUAUUCUACACAAGCUAUGAACAGUUUGGAGUUGAACAUGGCUACCUCUUUUUCCUCUUCAUGGGAUCUUGAAAAACAAGUCAACCAGUUGAUUACAACAAUGCAGAGCAACAAGGAAAUUGAUUUCAAGAAUGAUUGGAAGGUGCUGACUAUAUCUACAGGUGUAACAGACCUCUGCCACAUCUGUAAAGACCCAGACAGAUUCAGUGGAAGCCACUACAUCAAGAAUGUGAUGCAUUCACUAAAUAUUCUCAAAAAUAAGGUUCCCAGAUUGUAUGUUAACUUGGUACCUCCAAUGGAUGUCAGUGUUCUGUAUGGACUGUAUGAUAAGAAUCCUUCAUGCCAUAUCAUGCAGUGGAGCGCUUGUCCUUGUGCUGCAAGACAAGACAAAGCUGCAAACAAUGUUGUUUCUAAAGCUGCCAAGAAGUUCACAUCAUUGCUGGAGGAACUGGUCAACAGUGGUAUCUAUGAUCUGACAGAUCAAUUUACUGUGGUUAUUCAACCAUUCAUGAAAGGUGGACCAAAAGACAAGACUGGAGGAUUAGCAUCACGGGUGUUUGGACCAGAUUGCCUGCACUUCAACACUGAAGGCCAUGCUGCAGCAGCUAUUGCUUUAUGGAACAACAUGAUGGAACCCUUGCACGACAAGAAUACAAUAUGGAAUACAGAACAGACACCGAAAUGCCCAAUGAACGGUCAACAAUAUUUAUCUACCAAAGUCAACAGCAACGUAGUCACGACCUUUGACAGUGAAGACGACACGUCCACAGAUAUCCCCCCUGCGGCUGCUAUUACUCUCUCUGUUUUCCUAAUUGCUGUAGUUCUAUCGAUAACGUUCUAUGUGUGGAGAAGUAGAAAAUCAAGACCAUACACUGAUACUAUGAGACUAUUAGAAUUCCCCUACAAACCGAGAUUAUAGGAUAGAAACGAUAGUGUUGACGUCAUCAAAUAGACAGAGAAUGAGAUGUGUGUAUUGACCCGGCGAAGGUAAUAGAUCCCUGAAUAUGGUGCAUGCUUUUGAAACUAAGCUACACCGCCAGACGACUACGGUUUUACGGUAAAUUUGGGUUGGGAAACAGGAUCUUAAACGAGACUGAUAGCGGCAAUAACGACAAUAUCAAUAGGAAUAACAUAUUUAACAGUAGCAGCGGUAUCAACGACAACAAGAACAACAGUAACACAAACAACAACAGUAACACAAACAACAACAACAACAUCAAAAACGUGCUAAAACUUGUGAGCACAUUUUUAAUCAUCCUCCAAUUGUUUUACAUUGUUAUUUUUUCCUUUUCUAAACCCUGGGCAUUACCAAGGUAUCUUCUAGAUAAUUGAAAUCGUUUCACUUGUACCUCUACCGUAUUUCUUCUUUCUCUUCGCCCUUCUGGCUUCUCCAGAAUAGUGGUAAUGAAUGACAGGUUUUGGAACAUUGUGUUAGUUACUUGUAUCUUCGCUUCUUAUGGAGCAUCACAUAAGGCGAGACACCGUUCUCUCGUACCAAAUUUUACGUUACAUCAAGAGAGCAUAAGUAUUUGUAUUUAUGCUCUCUUGUGUAUAUAGAGUGCAAACAAUAUAACCGUGAAACUUUAGUAAUACUAAAUAGCACAAUUUCAUGCAAAUUUCAUUUCUUUCUAUUGCUUAAUUAGCACUUUUGUACUAUUUAGUAAUUAGUGUUUCACGGAUUAGGUCUAAUUGUUUGCACCCUACCUACUUGCAAGAACGUUGUCAUACGAAAAUAGAACAGUGAUUUAGUGGGAUAGGAAUUAUAUUAAAAAACAAAAAAAGGAUCACUGAAGCUGAAUUUUUUCCUUUUGUCUUUUAAUAAAUUCCUUUCUCACUAAAUUACUAAUGUUCUAUCCUUGUAUGACAACCUUCUUGCAAGUAGGUGUAUAUAAUAGAUAUAGAUUUUAUUGCAUAAAUGUUAGAAAAACCGCGUGACAUUCCUUAUUGUUGGAGUGAAAAUAUGUGCAAUUUGUAAUAAUAAAAUUGUGAUUUUAAUUGUAAA